GCGUUUUUUAUUACAAGUGUCAUUAAAUAUUAGGAAUACGUGAUAAUUAAAUGUAAAUUAUAAAAUAAUCAUAAAAUCUAGUGGUUCGAAGGAAUAAAAUGCAAAGCAGGGAAUGGGUUUUAAAAAAAAUAGUAAUAGUAAUAAUAAUUAUGGUUUAAAAAAAAAGGUGAAAUGGGUGGGGUAUCAGCCAGAAAUAUAUUAACGUGUUGAAUCAGACUGAUUUGUUUUUGUAUUAUUUUUAAAAGAAACCCGUAGACUAAUACCGCGAGGAUUGGUUAGAAAAGGUAAGCGUGGAACUGGUAAACGGUAGAUAGAAGAAAACGAAGACGACGGUGUUAUUCCUCUCAUCUUGUUUGUCGUAACGUUUAAAGCUAAAGUAUCAACGGCUGCGCAAAGUCUAGAGCUUUGUAAAUAUAAUUUAUUAUACGAUAUAAUUAAGAAAAAAAAAAUUGUGUAAGGUCAUGGCCGUAAAAGAGUGGUUUAGACAACUGCAACCAGUUCAACUUUACUUAGUGCUUUUCUUCACAACUACCUUCUUCAUCGUCGAAAUAAUAACUAGUCAUGUGACACAUUCACUUACCCUACUACUUAAUGCUUAUCACAUGCUAUGUAAUAUUGUUGCAUUAGUCGGCUGCAUCGCUUCUAUUAAGUAUGGCAAAGAAGAUAGAUGCCGUAGAAAUCGUAAUUCAAACGAUUCGACAAUUUGUGUUAAUGAAAAUGAAAAAAAUCCGGCAUCGACGGACUCAAAACAUUCAUGUUCAGACAGACAAAUGAAGAAUACAUUCGGAUGGGCGCGAAUAGAUAUUGUAACGAUGCUAGUGUGUUGUGUACUACUAGCAUCUUUUUGUUUUUCAUUAUUAGUAGAAGCAUUGCAGACUCUCAUUCAUAUAGAUCAUCUCGAUGAAAUGCAUCAUCCGGUGCCGGUGAUGUGUAUUGGAGUCUCGGGAAUACUUCUCAAUGCAUUUUGCUACGUAAUUAUCGGCGGUUAUACCUUCAAUCAAGGUCUACUGCUUCAUGUCACUAAAGAUGGAAAUGUCGUCCUUCAAAAAAAUAUAGAGAAUGCAACAGAUGAACAGAGACUCGCUAAUCCGACUAGACGAAGCCCACUAGCCAUUCCCAGGAGACAAGGAUUCCAAGAAAUGUGUCGCGAUGUUCUUGGAUGUAUUUUAGUUGUUAUAAAUUCGUUAUUAGUUUAUUUUACUGAUGCACAUUUGGCUAAAUUUUUUGAUCCAAUAUUUGCUAUGAUUUCCUCUAUAUCACUUUUUGUAUUGAGCUAUCCGUACUUAAGAGAGUCGGGCUUAAUUUUGCUGCAGACAAUUCCCAAUCAUAUUAAUAUUGAUUCAUUAAAAAAAGAAUUAUUAGCUGCAUUUCCGGGUAUUGUUAAUGUACAUGAUUUUCAUGUGUGGCAAUUGGCUGGUGAAAAAAUUAUUUCUACAAUACAUAUUAUAUUUUUAGAUCAAACGGUAUAUUCAGUAAUAAUUGAUCAAGUGACAACAUUUUUUAUGGAAAUGGGAAUCACACACGUGACAAUACAACCCGAAUUUCAAAAAAUAAAAGGCGUUAAUAAAUCUGAUUGUUUGAUCCGCUGUCGAGGUAAACGUUGUAUAGAAUCCCAGUGCUGUUCAAAAGACGAUUUACUUGAAGAAGUAAUAAUGGAUAAAAAUGAUAAGAGUACAACAAUAAACAAAAAAUUUUUGCGUAAAGAAAUAAUUCCCUCAGAGGAAGAUAUUAAUUUAAAAAAAUUCACCCUUCACAAAACUGAUAGUAUUAAAUCGAUGAAUGUGAGUUUGAAAGACACUGAAAAAAUAACAGUUCUAACACCGCCAAAAGAACACAGAAAUAGUUGCCCGGGUAGUAAUGUCAGUAUCAUUAAUGUAGAUGUUAAUUCCAUUAGUGUUAAUGACUCAUUUGAAAAUGUUAAAAAAUAACUUUUUGUAAUAGUAUUGAAUCAAUAACUUUUUUAAUUCUACAGUGUAUUUAUAAUAAGACUGGAUCUUAGAGUAUUAAAAAAUAAGUGUAUAUAAAUUUAUCUUAUAACUGUUAAUUUUUAAUGCAAUAAAUAAUUUUUUUUUCAU